AAAAUUGACUUCAAAGGGAAAAGGAGCUUCCCCAGUUCUCAAGAUCCUCCGAACCUCACUUCUCGGAUUCGUUUUUAAUUCUCCCGAGCCGUCGUCGUCUUCUUCUUCUUCUUCUUCUACUUCUUCUUGUCUUAUCCACAGAGAAAGAUCCAGGGGUUACAUUUGUUUCCAUCGUUUUCUCGGGAAAGUCGUCCGGAAUCUGGGGUGAGAACUGGAACCGUCAUGGAUUGGUUCUCGAGCUGUGGAAUUCUGCUAUUGGGUCUGCUGAUUUCUAGCUGGGGAAUGGAGGGUUGCGACGGAUUGGGCAGAUUCGAGUUCGAUUUCAACCACCGGUUCUCGGAUCGGGUCGUGGGGAUUUUGCCCGGAGAUGGGUUGCCGAGUCGGGACUCGCCCGAGUAUUACCGAGUCAUGGCUCAUCGAGACCGCCUGAUCAGAGGCCGUCGUCUCGCGUCCGGAAACGACCAGUCUCUGGUCACCUUCGCCGACGGCAACGAGACUGUUCGCGUCGACACUCUUGGAUUCUUGCAUUACGCGAAUGUGACGGUAGGGACGCCGCCUGAAUGGUUCCUGGUCGCUCUAGACACCGGAAGUGACUUGUUCUGGUUGCCCUGCGAUUGCACCAACUGUGUUCAAGACUUGAAAUCACCAGGCGGCGCGACAUUGAACCUCAAUGUUUACAGCCCUAAUGCAUCGUCCACAAGCACUAACGUUCUAUGCAAUAGCACGUUAUGUACAAGAGGUGAUCGGUGCCCAUCUUCUCUUAGUAGUUGCCCUUAUCAGGUUCGGUAUCUUUCCAAUGGUACGUCGUCUACUGGGUUCUUGGUUGAGGAUGUGCUUCACUUAGUUACAAACGACAAUAGAUCCAAAGCUGUUGAUGCGAGGGUUACCUUGGGUUGUGGUCAAGUUCAAACGGGUGUGUUCCACGAUGGGGCGGCUCCAAAUGGUCUUUUUGGCCUUGGCUUAGAAGAUGUAGCUGUUCCAAGCGUAUUAGCGAAGCAAGGAGUUUCAGCGAACUCUUUUUCAAUGUGUUUUGGACAUGACGGAACUGGGAGGAUCGGUUUUGGAGAUAAAGGCAGCUUGGACCAAAGGGAGACACCGUUUAACAUAAGACAAUCACGUCCUACUUACAAUGUCACCGUCAACCAAAUCAUCGUGGGAGGGAAUACCGCUGAUCUCGAAUUUAGUGCUGUUUUUGACUCCGGGACCUCAUUCACGUAUUUGACUGAUCCGGCUUAUACCCUUAUCUCCGAAAGCUUCAAUUCUCUUGCUCUGGACAAACGUUACCAAGCUGAUUCCGAAUUGCCGUUUGAGUACUGUUACGCGUUAAGUCCAAACCAAGACAGCUUCCGAUACCCGGCCGUGAAUCUGACAAUGAAGGGCGGAGAUACAUAUCCCGUCUAUCACCCACUAGUAGUCAUCCCUAUGAAGGACACAGACGUCUAUUGCUUAGCCGUCAUAAAAAUCGAAGAUAUCAGCAUCAUCGGACAGAACUUCAUGACUGGAUACCGCAUAGUCUUUGAUCGUGAGAAGAUGGUUCUCGGUUGGAAAGAAUCCGACUGUUACAGCGGCGAGGCGUCUUCCGUACCCUACAACGGGACUUUCUCGACGGCCAGACCUCCGGCCACUUCGUUCAACCCGGAGGCCACAAACAUACCCUCUCAAAGGCGGAACUCCUCGUCCGCAUCUUCGGCCUCAUUUGCACUUUUGCUUCUGAUUCUACUCCCAGUUUUGGUUCUCCUCCUCUGAUCAAAUCAUAUUCUUUUAGUUCAACGUCUCUCUCCAGUGAUUUGGUUCUUUAGGAGUCCCUCUUUAUCACAUCAAAGAUCAAAGAUUUGCAUUUGGCUUAUAUAUAUACACACACAUUACAUAUAAGUAAUAUACGUAUAUAGUUGUGAUUUUUUGUAUUUAUCAUGUAUGAUAUUACUGGGUUGUAAAUAUUUUUUUAUUUAUGAACCCUAAAUGAUUUAGAUAAUGAAACCGCUAAUAUAGUUUCUAUA